UCCUCUGUCAUUCUCUCGCUCGCUCGCUCGCUCUCGCCUCGUCUUCCCCUCCUCUCCCGUCCCCCACCCGCGUCAACCAAACCCUAACUCGCCCCCAAAUCCUUCCCCCGGCUCUCGAUCUCGCCGCCGCCGCCGCAGCCAAAACCCUACAUCCCCUCUCUGCGCCUCUAACGGUAGCGUGUUGAAAAUGCCGUCUGCAUCCAAAUCCAAGGCAAAAGAUAGGGCAGCAGCUUUUAAAGCGGCUAAAGAGCAACCCAAGGUUGCUGUGAAGCCAAUCGGGAAUGGUACAGUUGCUAGCACUUACAACAACAACCUCUCUGGAAAAUUCCAUCUUCUGGAGCCAUCAUCCUCUCUGCUGGGUAGCCAGGGUAGUGAAAAAUUGAGGAAUACAGAUGAAAUAGAUGAGCAUUCUCGCAGCUCCCAUGGUACAGGGGACUUUGAUUGUGCCUCCAAUAAUGGUAGCUGUUCUGGUGAGUCAGAAGAUACAAAGGAAAAAUCAACCAGCACUGCUCCUCGAGUGGACUCUGUUCCUGGAUGUGAUCUCGAUAAACGUGAGAAGAUCAGACAAAAGAAUGAGAAGAAGCAUCAAAGGCAGAAGGAGAGACGUGCCCAGGAAUUACAUGAGCGUUGCAAGGGAUACCUAAUGUCCAGAAAACUGGAGACGCUUGCUCAGAAGCUUGUUGCAAUGGGUUUUUCAGCAGAUCAUGCGACGAUGGCCCUUAUACAUAAUGAGGGCUGUCUCGAGGAGUCUGUUGCCUGGCUCUGUAAUUUUGAUGGCAGUGAGGAAACGAAGCAGCAAGUUGCAGCAGAUCAACAGUCUGGAGCUAAUUUGAAGAUUAAUAUAACCGAGGAGGUUGCAAAGAUUGUCAUCCUGGAGGCAAAAUUUAAGUGUACAAAGCAAGAGGUCGAAAGGGCUGUUGUUUCUUGUGAGGGUGAUCUAGAAAAGGCCGAGGAGGUCUUGAAGACACAGAAGCAAGAAUCAGCAACAACUGCAUCUAAGCCUGAAGGGUCUGGUGAUCCAAGUGGUUUGGUUAAUAAGCAGCAGGUCAUGCUUGCGCAGAACCCAGCAAGGCCUCAAGCAAAUGGAUUUUCUUCAGUAGGUGUUCAGCAAAUGAGGAGAGACGAGAAGGAUUUAAACUACAAGCUUUUGUUAAAUGGUAGUGGUCCAAAGGAACCUGCAGUUAAAGGUUUUCAACCUUUGGCCACACCAAUGAAGCCAGAAAUGGUCCGGCAACAAUUUUUUCAACCCGAGAAGAGGCGGCUUAAUGCGGUUCCAACAGUUCCCUAUGUGACAUCAUCUCCUUUGCCAGUUGCAGUGUCUCAAAUGAAGUCAGAAACUCGGCAUUUGGCAGCAGGGAACGAGAUGAAAAGUGCAAUGCAUAACGGGGGCCUGCGAGAGUCGGUAGUUGUAAUGCAGCGGCCUCAAUCUGCAGCUGCCAAGCAAAGCCUACCAUCCACAAGCCACAGUAUGUUUGCAUCAGAGCCAUCUUCAAGGGAAUGGUACUUGAAUGGCGCAUCAGGUGUGGAUAUGAUGGUGAAUGGUGGUUUAGGGAAUGGACUAAGAAAUAUGAAUUUGGACAGCGUCAAUUCUGCCAAGCAGUUCAUGCAUGCAAACCAUCAGCAAAGUUUUGUUUCCAAUCCUAUAGAGCUCGCUGCUAAUGGUUGGGGUGGUACAUGGGGAUCUGGAGGUACAUCAUCAUCUCAGGCUGUGGCGUCGUCACUUGGCAUGCAUAGAGGAGGUUGGAGCCCAUCCGAGUCCUCUUCAACUUUAUCUCAUGGUGAUUGGAGAACCAAUGGUCCAGCACCUUGUGACUACACCUCAAUAGACUGGAGUCUUGACACAACUUUGUUAAACCCUGCAGCCAAGAGCGAAUGGCUGUCAGACACAUGGUCAACCAUGUUCAUGGGUGGCAGAUCCACAAGGCCUUCUGGGAACCUUGGUGGUGCAGGCAUCAAUGGGUUACAUGACAGCAAUCUUCCAAUGGAUCCCGCUCCAUCACCCCGACCAUAUGAGUGGCCUUCUUUCUGCAGGGGAGGAUCUUCCUAGUCCUCUACCCUGUAGGUAAGAAGCCAUUGAAAUAAAAAAAAAGUAAAAGAUGUCAUUUGUUUCUGUUCUUGAUUUUGCUCGUUGCAGUUGGUUGAAAAGUUUUACAACUUGUGUAUUGAACCGUGCUUGUGUAUCUUUUGACUGUUGGCCGAGAUAAGUCUUCAUUCUGUGAAAUGUCUGCAUGAAAAAGGAAGAAAGAAAUUGAAAUCUCUUCUGAAA